AUGGAUCCAAUGUUGCACGACACGAUCCGCUCACUGGAAGACCAAACCUGGCGAGCCUUGAUGGACUCAGGCGCCGCUCUUCUUCCCUUCCUCAGUCGAGAUUGUACAAUGUUCUUCCCCUUGGGCAUGAAGGUCUCAGCGAAGACGUCUCCUAACCUGGAAGAUGUAAUGCGGAGCGAAGCAUUUGUUCCUUGGAAACGCUACAAGAUGAGCGAGUGCGAAGUCAUUCCACUGGGACCAGAAGCAGCGCUUAUCAGUUAUCGUGUCAAGGCGACGAGGCAGCAUAUCACCGAUGAUGACGAUGAACGACAGGACGAGUUUCGCGCAUUAAUCUCGAGCACUUGGAAGAAAGAUCUUGACACGGGUAAAUGGUUGAUGUGUUUUCAACAGCAGACACCUUAUGAGGAGGAUUUGGACCUUUGA